CCUCCCUCCCCCUUUCUUGUCUUUUCACCUCCCACUUGUCUCUUUUCUCGUGGUAUGGUCGUCAUGUAUAGUGGAAAAGAUUAAUUAAUGCCAAGAGAUUGGGUUGGAUUCUGGAGGAGGAAGAGGCAGACAAGGCAGGAUGCUGCAGCGGGCGGCGAGCAAUGCGUACUCAUGGUGGUGGGCGAGCCACAUCCGCACCAAGCAGUCCAAAUGGCUCGACAAUCACCUCCAAGAUAUGGAGCACCUGGUCAAGUGCAUGCUCUUACUCCUUGGAGAGGAAGCCGAUUCCUUUUCAAAGCGAGCAGAGAUGUACUACAAGAGGCGGCCUGAGGUGAUCACUCAGGUGGAAGAAGUGUACCGGAUGUACAGGGGUCUCGCCGACCGGUAUGACAUCAUGUCAGGGGAGCUGCACAAGGCAAACCACACCAUCGCUACCGCCUUCCCUGACCAGGUUCAGUAUGCGAUGCUAGAAGAGGAGGAUGACAACGUCCCAAAGGCGUUCACCCCGGUCGAUCCGCGCAAGAUCCACAAGUCGACCGUCGAUGGGCUGCUGAAGAAGAAGAAAGGAAAUGCGCCAGGAGCCGGCGGAGACAAGAAGGAAGCAGCUCCGAUGAGCAAGGAGAAUGCACGAGAAGAGAUCAGCAGGCUACAGAAAGCUAUACUUGUGAUGCAGACCGAGAAAGAGUUCAUCAAGAACUCGUACGAGAGUGGCAUUGCCAAGUACUGGGAUCUUGAGAAGGAAAUCAAUGAGAUGCAGACAAAAGUUUGCCACUUCCAAGACAAGUUCGACGUAAGCGCGGUGAUCGAGGACGAUGAAGCCAGAGCCUUGAUGACAGCGACGGCCCUCAAAUCCUGUGAAGACACCAUUGUCAGAUUGCAAGAACAGCGCAAGACCGCUGCGAAGCAGGCAUUGGACGAGUCUGAGCGAGUCAAAGUGCUGAGAGAGAAGCUCAAGCCCAUACUGGACGAACAUGGCAAGUCUCUGCCGGACCUGGUGGAGAAAAACAUACGGAAGAAUCAUGUCACGGAGAUGGGAGACGUGUACCAUGUGAAGCUGGGUGAGCUGCAGAUGCAAACAAUAGUCGGCAAGAUCAAGGAAAACUUUGCGAGCGACUGCAACAUCACCAUGGACGAGAUCACGGAGCAGAUCGACGAGCUUGUCAACAAAGUUGUCGAUUUGGAGCUCAUGGUUUCGUCGCAGACCUCGCAGAUCGACAGAAUGCGCCGCGAAAAUGAGGAGCUGGAGAAUUCCGUCAAGAGCCUGGAGGAAGAGGGAGGCUCGAGCGAAGUGGAGGAGAAGCUGAAGCAGGUGGAAGAGGAGCUGGUCAGAGUGCAGGCUCUCGAGAGCUCCUUCCAUAAAGAUGAGAGCACGAUACGCUCAAACUUCACGGAAACGAUAAGCAGAUUCAGUAAUUUCGCCGACAUGUUGCAGUCGCCGGUUUGUGACUACCAGGCUCCUGCUUCUGCUGCUCACACGUCGGCACCACCCGGCGAGGAAGCACCGCCUCCUACAGAGCCAUCCAGCACGAGUCAUCCACCUCCACCUGAGGAAGAAGAAGACAAACAACAGGUAGAAGAAGAGAAGGCCACCGUCGUGCAGACUCCCCAACCCCAACAAGUCAGCACUGGAGAUGAUGCUGCCGCUGCUCCUCAACCCCAACAAGCCAGCAUUGGAGAUGCUGCUGCUGCUGCUGCUGCUGCUCCUCCUCCUCAACCCCAAGAAGCCAGCACUGGAGAUGCUGCUGCUGCUGCUCCUCAACCCAAACAAGCCAGCACUGGAGAUGCUGCUGCUGCUGCUCCUCAACCCCAACAAGCCAACAUUGGAGAUGCUGCUGCUGCUGCUGCUCCUCAACCCCAACAAGCCAGCACUGGAGAUGCUGCUGCUGCUGCUCCUCAACCCCAACAAGCCAACAUUGGAGAUGCUGCUGCUGCUGCUGCUCCUCAACCCCAACAAGCCAGCACUGGAGAUGCUGCUGCUGCUGCUCCUCAACCCCAACAAGCCAACAUUGGAGAUGAUGCUGCUGCUGCUCCUCAACCCCAACAAGCCAGCACUGGAGAUGCUGCUGCUGCUGCUGCUGCUGCUCAACCCCAACAAGCCAGCACUGGAGAUGCUGCUGCUGCUGCUGCUCCUCAACCCCAAGCUGCUGCACCGGUUGGUGUGGCGAAAACAGGGGCGGCGGCGAGCACUACUGGUGCGUCUGUCGUAGAUGGCACUAAACAUUUAGAUCAUGGGCAUGACAAGAUUUCACGGCCGGGUUCGCUGGCACGGCUUCGCCACAUCUCUUCUGACGCUGAAGAAUCUGAGGAGCAAAAGGGGAAGGGCGAGAAGGGCUGUCUUGACGGUGACAUGAAGAAACUGCAAGAGCGGCUCAUGGAUGGCCUGGAAGACAAGGAGAAGGUCCUGCUAUCCGAGUACACCUCGCUCCUGGAGGACUACAAGGACACCAAAAGGAAGCUGCUGGAUGUGGAGAAGAAGAACCAGGAGUGCCUCAAUGAGAUCAGGUCGCUGCGCAAUCUUAUCGGAGAGAAGGAGAAGGAGAAGGAGAGGGAGAGGGGCAGCAUCAGAGGAGGACACAGGAGGACACCCAGCCUUAGCCAUCAGAGGAAGCAGAGCCUUUCUUCCAUCUCUAAGCUCAUCAGGAUGGGCUCAAGCAUGCAAGACGACCCUCCUGCUGCUGACCUUGACGACAUGAGGCUGCCGGCGAUCGCCGAGGUGGAGAAACCGUCGCCACUGGAGGAGAAGUUCAGGCGCGACAUUGACACGCUGCUGGAGGAGAACCUCGAGUUCUGGAUGAAGUUCAGCUCCUCCAUGGGCCGGGUGCAGGAGUUCCAGAACAAGUACGAAGACCUCAGGAGGGUGGCGGCGGACGGCGCCGACGGCGAGAAGAAGCUCCGGGCGCUCAAGACGGAGCUGCAGGUGUGGUCGGAGCAGAACGCGAUGCUGCGGGGCGAGCUGCAGUGCAGGUUCGCGUCGCUGUGCGACAUCCAGGAGGAGAUCUCGACGGCCCUGGAGAUGGACACGGAGCAGGCGGAGGAGGCCGAGGAGGGCGCGCCGCGCUUCACCUCCUACAGCGCCGGCAAGUUCCAGGGGGAGGUGCUCAACAUGCAGCAGGAGAACAACCGGGUCUCCGACGAGCUGCAGAGCGGCCUCGACCACGUCAAGACGAUCCAGUUUGCCAUCGAGAAGAAGCUCAACGAGGUCGUCAAGCUCUCCUCCUCCUCCUUGCCGGCGGAGGAGGGGGAGGAGGAGGUGGUUGGGCCGGACGGGGUCCUGGCGCGGGUGCCGGCCAAGGCCAAGGUGCCACUGCAGAGCUUCCUGUUCCCGACCAAGCCCAAGAAGCCGUCGCUGUUCGCGCGCGUCACACCGGCCGUGCUCCACAAGCAGCAGUUAGACAUGAAGUUAGACAUGAAGUUAGACAUGAAGUUCCUCCCCAAGAUGUCAAAGUAGCCACCCACAGAAGCAGCAGCAGCAGCAGCAGCAGGGAUAUGUCAUUUAGCUUAAUUGAACUAACUAGCAGAUGGGAUACAUAUUUUUUGAUGAAAUUAAUGCUUCAAGCUAUGUAUGAUUGAACCAAACUAUUCUUGCUUUGUUUUCUAGGGCAUUGUAAUUUGUUGUAACCUCUGAGAUCAAUGGAAGAAAGACAAAUCAUUUCCCCUUUUUCA